UCACCCAAAGGAUUUCAAAAAGAAAUGUGAGAAGGAUACAUUUUUAGAAGGACAACAAAAACAUAACAAGAUGCAUGGAUCGGCAGGUCUCCACUCGGCCAUGGCCAUCAAGCGGCAGAGAAGAUUGCGCGAGCAGCAAAAGAAGAAGGCCGCUGAACGGAGAUUGUCUUCGAGGACGAGUGUGGAUAGUAUGGAUUCAAUUGAGAGGAUACCCAACAAGCACAUACCAAGUCAAGCCCCAGCGGAUAGCACCUUGGCUACUUCGAUUGGGAUGUUGCAUUUGGGGGUGUGUUUUUUGGUGCUGGGUAUAUUUUUAAUAGGUUCGGGUUUGUUGCCGGACGAUGUGGUAACAUGGAGGGGUGGUGGUUGGUGGAACGAAAUGGUGGUGACAGGGAUAUUUGUAACAGCACUGGGAGUGUUCCUAAUAGCUCUCAACAGAGUUAUGGGUCGGCGUGAGGAGGACGAACUGCAGGACUACGUUGAAAGACAGCUGACGAGGUCCCGUUCGGGUCACAGACUAGAACGAGACCUUGAAACUGGUGGUCUAACCACCAAGCACCACCGACGCUUUUUGGAGAAGCAACGGGAAGACAAAGACCGCGGCAUAGCCGACAUAACCCCCAUCCACUCCCCUCCAACAAGACCUUCUACCACCUCCAACGCGCACAACGGAGACAUACAACUGGAAAAAAUCCUCGAGGAGGACGUUUUCGAACGGCCCGAAAUGGAAUUCCGCAGCUUGGAUCUGAAAGAGACCAUGUCCAAUACCACGACGGCCAGCUUAAGUCCCGGAACUCCCUCUGAAACCAGGGAACUUAUUAUUUCGAACGGGAGGCAGUACAGUUUCAACUCAAGGCAGUAUUAAGCUUUCGCUUAAAGUUAAAUUGCUAAAUGAAACUGCUUGAUAUUGAGUUGUUAAGUCUAAAUGCUUCGUUGAUAUUGCAGAAAAAGGUUUAGAACACAAGAUCAGUUACUUUAGAUUUCUU